AUGGCCGCCAUCAGUCCAUCUGCUGGACGGACGGGGUCUGGGGAGCUAGCGCCCGACCCAGCAAGAACAUUUGGAGACGCCCAGUGCCACCUAGACGGCGCCCAGUGCCACCUAGACGGCGCCCAGUGCCCCCUAGACGGCGCCCAGUGCCACCUAGACGGCGCCCAGUGCCACCUAGACGGCGCCCAGUGCCACCUAGACGGCGCCCAGUGCCACCUAGACGGCGCCCAGUGCCACCUAGACGGCGCCCAGUGCCACCUAGACGGCGCCCAGUGCCACCUAGACGGCGCCCAGUACCACCUGAACGGCGCCCAGUACCACCUAGACGGCACCCAGUGCCACCUAGACGGCGCCCAGUGCCACCUAGACGGCGCCCAGUACCACCUGAACGGCACCCAGUGCCACCUAGACGGCGCCCAGUGCCACCUAGACGGCGCCCAGUGCCACCCCGCCGCCUGGGGGGUGUCCACACCAAGCGCUGAGAUCACCUACGCCAGGAACAUGGAGCUCCAACACCAGUAG